AUGUACGGCGGAGGAUACGGUGGCUAUGGAGGAGGCAUGUAUGGUGGCAUGGGCGGUGGCAUGUACGGCGGUGGCAUGGGAAUGCCUGGCGACCAAAAUAGCUUGACCAACACCUUCAACAACAGUACUCAGGCUACCUUCCAAAUGCUCGAGGGUAUUGUUACGGCUUUUGGAGGCUUCGCCCAGAUGCUUGAGAGUACCUACAUGGCUACCCACUCCAGCUUCUUUGCCAUGGUCUCUGUCGCUGAACAGUUUGGUAACUUGAGGGAUACUCUGGGCUCCGUGCUGGGCAUCUUCACUUUGAUGCGCUGGAUUCGCACAUUGAUUGCCAAGCUUACUGGUCGACCGCCGCCUGCCGAUGCGACUGCCCUCACACCAGCUGCUUUUGCUCGCUUCGAAGGUCGGAGCGUUGGACCAGAUGGUAACCCACUUCCUGCAAAGGCCAGCAGGAAGCCUUUGCUCUUCUUCGUCUUGGCCGCCUUUGGUAUUCCUUAUCUAAUGUCCAAGAUGAUAAGGACGCUUGCUGCCUCACAAGAACAGGAGCAGAAGCGCCUUCAGGCCCAGGCCAUGGAGUCACAGCAGCCUGUCGACCCUGCUAAGCUGGAGUUUUGCCGACUCACCUUCGACUUCCUCCCUCAGCCUAACACAGGCAUGGAGCUCGAGGCUCGCAAGGGUGACCUUGUUGCCGUCCUAAGUAAAAGCGAUCCCUCUGGUAAUCCCAGCGAGUGGUGGCAGUGCCGAUCCCGCGACGGCCGCCAAGGCUAUCUUCCAUCUACCUACCUUGAAGUCAUCAAGCGCCCGGCACAAGAGCCCAAGAAGCUCAAGGCCGCACCUAGCGAGAGCAGCCGUACAAACUCCCUAACGAGCUCAAUUACCCGCCCCGAGGAUGGCAAGAAUGAGUAUGCUUCUGCCGACGGCAUGCAGAGGAGUCACUUCUACUCCUAG